AUGACGCGCUUAUUGCAAGGCAACCUGAACAGGUGCGCUUUAGCGCAAGAUCUACUGCGCCAGCGUAUCUUCGAAGACAAAAUUGACAUCUGCCUUAUCUGCGAGCAACAUCUCACCAUUCAAGAUAGAGCACGGUUCGCUGAUAAAUCCGGCACGGCAGCAAUCUGGAUCGCUAACACGAAGAACAUCACCGUCGACAACAGCGGAAGCGGAUCAGGAUUCAUCUGGAUCAAAACCCCCACGACCUACUUUAUAAGCGUCUACCUUUCACCUAAUGAAGGGAUUAGGGUGUUCCGACAAAAAAUGGCAGACAUAGAGGACGCCAUCGGCAAGUUCAACGAGGAAGUCAUCGUGGCUGGCGAUUUCAACGCGAAAUGGGCUGAAUGGGGUGCUGAUUUCUCUGACACUAGAGGCAACGAAGUAGCAGACUUUGCAGCAAGACUCGACCUCAUAGUGCUGAACACCGGAAAUACUACGACUUUCAGAAGACCAGGAUACCAGGAAUCUAUCCUCGAUAUCACGUUGGCGACUCCAAGGAUCGCGAACAUGAUCGAGGAUUGGACAGUAUCAGAGGAGUACAGUGGCAGUGAUCACCAAAAUAUGACAUUCAGCAUUCGACUAGCACCUAUUCCGGUACCGCGUCGUGAUCAUCGACCACGGAAAUGGAAUGCCAGGAAGCUCGAUUUAGAGGCACUGCGAACUUCUUUGACACGAAGCUCGUCUUCUUUUCAGAACAACCUGAUUCCGAAUACCCGUAACGAGACGGAAACGUUAGUGUCAAAAGCGAUGGAAGUGAUCGUCGCUUCAUGCGAUGCUUCUAUGCCACGAAUGAAAGAGCGAGGCUUCCAUAGGCCGGCAUACUGGUGUAUUCAAGACAUAGCAGAACUUCGAAAAAAAUGCCACGAGCUACGUCGGCUAGCAACGAGAGCUGCGAAACGCUCUCCCAAUCAAGAUCUACAUUCGAGCGAGUACAAGCAGACCAAAAAGAACUUAAACCGGGCUAUCAAAGCAAGCAAAGCAAAAUUGUGGCAAGAGAUCUGUAACAACCUUGAUAAAGACAUCUGGGAUACUUUAGAGCACAAAUUUGACGCGAACCUAGAAAAUCUGGCAAUAGUUGAUGACUAUCUCGACGAAAGAACUCUGAUAGCAGAAAGGACGGAGGGCCAACAAGAACAUGACAUAACGGCUGGUGUGCCGCAAGGUUCAAUCAUGGGGCCCGACCUAUGGAACGCGGAUUAUGACGAACUCCUGGAAAUCCCGUUACCAAAACAAGUGGAGCUCACGGGCUUCGCAGACGAUGUCGCGGCUACGAUAAUAGUAGACAGUGCCGAGGAGUCAGAACUACUUGUUAGGGAAAAUAUUGAUGCCGUCGAAAAUUGGCUUGAGAAACAUCACCUGAAACUCGCCAAGCAGAAAACCGAGAUCUUCGUCUUGACUCGACAAAACGAAUUUGCCGCGUAA